AGAACGUCUGCAUGGGAGAAUCUCCCCACUCAUCAUGUCAUCCUCCAUGCAACAACGAAAGGCUGAGAUUCUGGCCAAACGCGCCAAACUUGCGGAACUGAAACGUCAGAGGGAGUUGCGCCAACAUGAGUUCUCCCAGGGUAAAGUCAGUAGCGGCGACGGCUCAGAGAUUGUCUCGCCUGUUCCCAGUCGCUCCGAUAGUAGAGCCGAGCUCGAUGACUUGAUCUCCCGUCUGGUGGACCGCCCCGGGUCGGCCUCCAUGAGCCACGGGGCAGAUGGCAUCUCACGGAAAGGGAGCCGACCCAAUUCCGUACUCAGUGCCAGCCAAAUCAGUGGAAACGAUCCCGAAAUCCUCAGCGCGCCAUCGCGACCCAUCUCCCAGUCCAUUGCUGUUCAGACCGUCGGCGCGGAGACGUACCCGGCACCGACUCCUGGAGCCCCACCGCCGGCGGAACCUCCAGUCGAAGUUGUCACAUACAGUAAAGGGGUUCAAACGGAUGACCUGAAGCAAGGGCUCGACUCGUCUGUCGACUCGGAUGGGGAGGACUCGCAGGACCCGUCGGGCGCCGGCAGACCCCUGAGCAAGAAGGAGCGGGAGCGGGAGGAAGAGAUCCGCAAGAAGCUCCGCAGAGAGAUCGAGGAGGAAGUACAGGCGAGCCAACGGCAGGCGGAGAAUGAAGCCGGGGAGGAGGCGGCCAGGUUGCGUUAUCCCCUGCGGGCAUUGGACGACGAUGAGAUGAAGGCCGUCACUUCGUCGGACGAUUUUCUGGACUUCGUGGAGCGGUCGGCCAAGGUUAUUGAGCGUGCGCUGGACGAGGAGUAUGAUGUGCUUGCAGACUACGAAAUGGGGGGUGUGGAUGGAGAUUUGGAGGAAGACGAGGGCCUGGGCAAGAAGAGACGAAGCAUCAGGGAGGUGUGCCAGUUUUACGACGAGAAGGCAUCCAAGAAACGGAUGAUCAGCGAUCUUAGCUUCUCCCCCAAGUUCCCCGAGCUGGUUUUGGCGUCGUACACCAAGAAUCCCUCGGCCCCCCACGAGCCCGAUGGCCUGGUCCAGGUCUGGAACCAACACCUGCACUCGCGCCCCGAAUACACCUUUCACUCCACAUCGGACAUCCUGGCAGCCCGGUUCUCCCCGUUCCAUCCCAACCUCAUUGUCGGCGGCUCCUACUCGGGCCAGGUCCUCCUAUGGGACACCCGCUCGUCGCGCGCCGGAGGCGGUGCCCCCGUACAGAAGACCCCCCUGACCGGCUCGGGGCACACCCACCCGGUGUACAGUAUCUCCAUCAUCGGCACCCAAAAUGCGCACAACAUCCUGACGGCAUCGACCGACGGCGUGGUUUGCGGCUGGACUGUGGACAUGCUGUCCCAGCCCCAAGAGUACCUCGAACUGUCGACCCCUCCCCCGUCCAAAACCGAAGACCUCGCCCCCACAACCAUGUCCUUCCCGCAGUCCGACCCCACCUUCUUCGUCGUCGGCACCGAAGAAGGCGGCAUCUACCCCUGCCACCGAUACGACCGCGCGGGCGCCAAAGCCGGCACCGACCACCGCCUCGCCUACCGCGGCCACGCCGCGCCCAUCAUGUCCACGGCCUUCCACCCCGCCCGCGGGCCCGUCGACCUCGGCGACCUAAUGCUGAGCUCCAGCCUCGACUGGACAGUGAAGCUAUGGCGCGUUCGCCCGCCCGCCACAACAGCACCAACCUCGGCCGCCGACCCCGCCGCCCAAACCGUCUCCCCAAUCCUCGAUAUCAACCGCGAAGACGUAGUCUACGACGCGCGCUGGUCGCCCCACCGACCGGGAGUCUUCUCGCUCGUCGACGGUGCCGGCAACCUCGAGGUGUGGGACCUCUACACAGACACCGAAGUCCCCGCCGUAAAGGCCACGCCGUCCCAAGGCCGCGGCGGCAUCCUCACCCGCAGCCUCAACAAGGUCGCCUGGGAGGAGCGCGAAGGCCGCCGCAUCGCCACCGGCGGAUUGGACGGGGUGGUCACUGUAUUCGAAGUCGGCAAGGGUCUCAGCGGGACGCCCGAGGAUGUGCCGUCUGAGGAGUGGACAGGGAUGAAGCGGCUUGUGGGCAAACUGGAGCAGAAAGACGGAAUGAACUGACUGAUCUGAUCUAAUGUGAAAUAUGGUUCAGGAGCCUUUGCAACAUGUACAUCACGUCCUUUUCUAUUCUCCCUCCCUCCCUUGUACCGGCUUUAUGCGGUUAUGCGGUGCCUACUUAGCUUACUUAUACCCCGGGUGCCCCAAUCGAUCAAUCGAUG